CAUGUUGUUGCCGGAAAUUCCAGGAUGUUGUACCUUGACUGCUCCACUUUACUAUAAACCCAUGAAGCUUUAAAGGUGAUAGCUAGAAGGCAUAAUUAAAGGUGGAGAUGGUGGGUGUGAGCGUAGUGCAGGUGGCGAAUGGGGUUCGUCACACACCCCUCCCACCUCUCACGCACGAGUUACAGCUCAGCCAUGAAGAUCACACAAAGGAGCUGGACACAUCCUCCCCCCCACAUAAAGUGUUGGGGGGUUUUGUUGGAGGGGGGCAGCUGGCUUGGCGUGCCUGCGGUCCCACUUUGGAGGUCAUUGAGCCUACGACAGGAAGGAGAAAAGCUGCCUGGACAUUUGGUGCCAUCAUGCACAAUGCUGAUGCCAGGGUAACAAGUGUGGCUGGUGUUGGGCUUGGGACAAUUUCCCAAGUUGCAGUUGGUGUGGACCUUGGUGCAGACCGCAGACCUCAGGGAAUGGUUGCGCUUUUAUCUCUCCACUCAUCACGUGUAACUAGAGUAUUUCAUUUCACUUACAAGGUAACCAGUGUGUGUAUGGUGUCCGGUGGAGAAGUGAGUGUGGAUCCGGGCACCUUAUCAGCAGAGUUGCGUCCAUGGCGAGGUCUGUUGGUCGUUGGAACUGCGCAUGGCACGCUUCAUCUAGUUGACUUAGCAUUAGACCUAGGAGGUCAUAAGGUUUUGUCUGAUGAGGUCUCUCCAGGAACUUUGGUGAAUAUAACCAUACCAGAUGGCCAAGCAGAGAGUUCUCGGUUUAGUGCAGUUAUGCAGAAUUGCCAUCCAACUGUGUGUUUAAGUGAUGGCAUGAGUCACAAUGGCCGCUUCCAGCUCAUAGGACCUGACGACAAUGUGCUCUUUGAGACAGCAAGUCACUGUGUGGUAGUUACUGCCAUGUCCUUCAUCCCGCAGCUUGCCUCCCUUGUUAUAGGAUAUAAUUUUGGGGCUUUCCAGAUAAUCAACCUGUCAACAUUAACCAUAGAUUGUGCGAGUCCCUAUGAAGACAACAUGCCUCCAGUACAUUCUUUUGCCUGCCAAGAACCAGAGAAUGACCCCAAAAAUUUUGUUUACCUUUGGCUCUGUCGGAGUUGGGGUCCAUCUGAUGAUUCUGAAAGUAAGGAUGAAAGGCCUGCUAGGAGGAACAAAGCCCCAGCACUGUGCACCAUGUAUACCAUGACUUACGACAACAAAGUAUGGAUAGAAGGGCAUGGAUUGUGGUAUCAAGGCCUUGCAUCUAUUUCUCCGAGGUUCGAGUUUGAUGCCAUUGGAGGUCUGGGUCUGAAGGGCCAGCCAGCCCAACCCAGCACAGUGUUCACUGCCAUGACAGUGCGGCAGACAACCCACAAUUCAGCUGUGGCACCAGGGGGAUCUUCAGCUGCUUCGGCACUUGCUACUCCUGAUGAAGAUGCUGGACCAGCACCCGAACAAAGCUUGUCAAUGUUUGGGUGGGUAGGAGGCGUCCUGGAGCGGGGGUGUAUUACUGUUAAUCACUAUCUGGCCAUCUUCGACAUUAACCAGUGGUAUCAGGCUCAAAUGCCCUCUAAUUUGAAGCUAGAUGAGGCUUUGCUGUGCCCAUACAUGAGUUUCCAUGUGUUGGACAGAGUACCUGCAGGAGCUAAUGAGUUUGUCCUUGGAGCAGCCCCCAAGCCAGCGUCAUGGACAAGACACAUGUCACGCACUUGUAAUGACAGUGACUGGUUCCCUGCUGCCCUCUCAUAUGAUGCCCAUGUGUUAACUAGUCAAGGUCUAAUGGAAUAUCGAUGCCAGAGUGCUCAGCAGGCAUCCCUAACCUACCUUACAUCGUGUGGGCCCUCUGCAGUGGUGAGCCCAGGAGAGGCCCAUGCAAUGUGCACCUUUUCUGGCCUUAUUCCUCAAGAGAACCAUCUGACAACUACAGGCUCUUCUAUGGUUUUGGAGCGUGAAGCCCUUCUGAAUGUGGCUCUGGACCAGCAGUUGGUGUCCCUUUUGGUUCAGUGUGUUGCAGAAUUUGCCGAGGGUCGCUUUACUAACCUUGGAUGCUCCCUACCAUCUUUAUUAGACUGGGCUUGGUCGAGAGUGUGUGCCAUCAAGGCUACCAAUGACAACCUUAGUCUACCCUUGUUUGACCCAGACUGUGGAGUCAUUAGUGCAGAGAGCAUUACCACUCUUCACCAGAAUCUCAACAGUUUGGCCUCUCUCACCACCGUUGUUACUGCCAUAAGGGACUGUGCCAAAACUAAUAUGAUAACCAUGAAAGGUGCUGGUGAGCUUGAGAGUCGUGUCCAGGUUGUGAGUCUCUUGAUGCUACAUUUGAGUGUCGUCCUGUGGUUUUAUCACUGUGGCCUACUUUCCCAUAGUCCCACAGAAGACAUUGAAGAGUGUCAUGUACCCUUCCCUGCUGAUCUCUUGUGUCGGAUAUACAAGAACAGACGCUCAGAAAUCAAGCGACUGAGCACCACCCUCAAUGGUGCUGAGAUCCUCAUGAUUGAUGGUUUGUUGGAAGACUUAAAUGGUGGCGGCAGUAUUGGGAAGGCUUGGGAAAAAGAGGGAGGAAGUGGUUUGUACCCUCCACCUUCUCUACAUGCCCUUUUAGCCAUCUUCCUCCUACCAGAUAUCUCCACUACCACCAAGCACCGCAUCGUCCAAUACCUCUUCCUUGAUCUAGCGUCUCUCCUCUCCGAUGGGUACACAAGAGUAGUAGAGGAGUUGGUGAAGUAUCCAUCAAGUUUUUCUCUGUCGCCUUCACACAUCAAGCUUACCCAGGCCUUCUGGUUGCUUGACCACAAAGACUUCCAGGAGGGACUUAACGUGUUACUGGAUCCUCUUGUUAACACUAAUGACAUUACACCCUCACAACACAGAAGAAUUGUUAAAGCUUUCCUCUAUCAGGGUGAACACACAAGGGCACUGACUUAUGCCCAGAUCCGUCAGCCUCCAAAGGUGGACUUGGAUGACAUUCGACUGCAUCUAACCCUCCUCUUAGCCAAUGGCCUGAUCCGAGAAGCCUUCCACUACCAGAGGACUCAUCGGGUUAAGGACAACUCAGAAGAUCUUCUAAAUCAUCUUUUCACAGGUUGUGAACAACUUGGGAAACUGGAGUGUGUGGUUCACCUACCUCUCUCACCCUUGGAAGAGGAUGCACUUGUUUCCUAUCUGAGGACCUCCUCGUAUCCUGCAGCCCAGGAUUAUCUCCUUGUUUAUUAUCUGCAGAGAGCGAGAUACGAUGAAGCUGCAGUUUUGCAAAACAGCUUGCGUGGUGGUCUGGGUACUGCCAAAAAGCGACAGGGAGCAAGGUCAGCACUCAUCCAUGGCUAUCUCACACACUUGCCUGAUGUUGCUAAGAAGCUGUCAUCUGCCAACUUAAGCAACAGAGGACCAACACACACUGUUUACAGUAAACCCCAGCCCCUCUCAGCCCAGAUCCGGCAAGCAGCAUGCAGCCCCAAGACAACUGCAACUAACAUUAAUAAAAUGAUACAGCGAGAACAAGACACGUGGUCAGUAAAUAAGGGCGUGACCACACCCUACACCCCAUUCAGGAGCAAAGCUCAAAGGCGUAGAGGGUAUGGACAGCCUGAAGGCCUUGGGUUCGGGGAUAUCAACUCACCAAAAUUGAGAGAUCCUACCAGGGAGAUAUCCCACACAGUUUUCCCAUCGCGAGUCGAAGCAAGCCAAUUAAGAUACGUUGAUGAUGACGGUGAUAUUGGCCUUUUUAGUCCAACCAUUAAGAGGAGCCGCCAAGAGGUGUCCCUUCUGAAUGACGAUACCUCAAGACUAAUGGAGUCAGUCCUAAGAAAAAAUAUUCAUAGCAGCAUGGAUGUGAAUGCCAGUGUGUCUCAAAACAUUUCCUCUGAUUUGCUGUCCUUACUGCAAACCCCCAAAAUUGCCCGUAAGAGGAAACCACUGAACCGUUCUGUGGGAGAGUCACCUCUUGCGGACACCCCACAGUCCAUACUUAAGGUGCGCCAGAUGGUACAAAGACCCAUGAGUCCAUCAGCAACCAGCGACACUUCCAUCCCAGUGUUCCCGAGAAUUACCAAGAGAGCCAGUAUCUCAGCCAGUGAGGAGGUUGUGACAAGCAAAGUCAACGAUACUAGCAUGACCCCCAAGCAACUACGUUUCCACCUCCCCAAGAUGAGAACAGAAGGAGAGAGCAACAGCAAGGAAGAAGUGCUGGAUAGGGAUGAAGAGGAUGAUCUGACACCCUUGAAACUUGAUGUGGAAGAGGAUGAGGAGCAAGAGGAGAUUGAUGAGGCAGUGGAGAUUGAUGAGGCAGUGGAGAUUGAUGAGGCAGUGGAGGAGGAGGAGGAAGAAGAAGAGGCGAUGGAGCAGGAGGAGGAGGAGGAUGAAGAGGAUGUUGCAGAGGAUGUUGCAGAAGUCGAUGAUGAAAAGGAAGUUGAUGAAGAGGAGGAAAAGAUAGCUGCUGAACAAGAAGUAGCAGAGGAAGAGUCUAUAGACAUGGAGGAGCCAUUUAGGAAGACAGAAGCUGAGGAACAAGAGAUGGAGGAUGUAGAGGUAGAAGAGGAAGAAACAGAUGAAAUGGAAUGCAAUGAGGAAGAGAAAGAAACAAGCAGCGGAAACUGGAUUGCCGUGUCACCUCGUCCAGAAAUCCACAAUAAGAAGCUAAGCCCAGUGAGGCGGAAGUCUACUGGAAUCCCAUCGCCACGGCAACCUCUGCCUGGCUACGUGGCCAAAACAACUCGGGCAGAAGCAAUGUUACCCCAGAGUGUCUUCAAGGAGUGUGCUGAUGCAGAUGAAGUGGAUGCAAGUAGAGCUUCUGAGGAUGAAGUAGAUGUUGAGUAUCCGAGCCGGGAGACAACAGUGAAUGAGGACUUUUAUAGCUUCACGGAAGAGGAUGACUUCAAUGUCUCCGAAAAGUCUGCAAUAUCUUCAGCAGGAGAUGAGGUGACCAAGGAAUCUGAUGCAAUGGCUGAUAGAGUAGAACAAAGGGAACUUGACUCUGAGAAGCCAAGUGAAACAGAUGAGAAAAUAGAAUGCAGCCUUAAUGAACUGCAAAACAAUGGCCGUGGUAUCAUUGAAGUCCAACGGGUAGAAUAUGUAGUAGAAACCUCCAAACAGGAAGUCCAUCAUGAGGAGGUAAAUAAAUCUGUAUUGAUAGAGAAAGAGACGCUCAUCCCAAGAGAACCUGAGACCAAAGAGGAGAAGUUACAGCAGCAACUCAAUGAAUCAGAACAUUUUGGCACUCUACAAUUUUCAGAUUCUGAGAGCGAAGAUGAAUCAACAACAAAAGACCAGCUUCAAGAAGAAGCUAUUACUGUGACCAGACAGGAAUUUGUAUUAGAAGAGAAUGGUGGCAGUGCAGAAAAUGAAGAGGAGAUCAUUGAGAAGCUGUCUGAGGAAGAGGAAGAGAUGAUAGUUGAAGCUCUCUCAGAAGAGGAAGAUCUGAGUCUGGUUCUAGAUACAACAGAGCGAUUCAGCCCUCUGCGAUUUUCAGAUUCUGAAAGUGAAAACGAUGGCUCUGACGGUGAACAGGAGAAAGGAAUUGAUAGAAAUGGAACAGAUAACAAGACUUUUGUAGAAUUAAGUGAAACCAAAGACAAAGAGGAAAUUAAGGUUGACGCUUCCCAGCGACAUCCCGUAAGUGUGCAGGUUUUCAAAACAGAGAUAGUCUCAGAGACAAAAGUCAUCAGGAAGACUGUAGAGUCUCCAUUACCGAAGGAAUCUGUCUUCACAGAGACCAGAUCAGAAACUAUCAGUGUAGAGAACAAUAAUGAAGAAAUUGCAAAAUAUAUUGAAGAGGAUGUAUCAAAGAAGAAUAUAACUGGUACAGAGACAGGAGAACCAAUUGCAAGCAGUGAAGAAGGAGUAUCAUAUACCUCAUCAACAAAUGGAUCAUCAGAACUAAACCACAAAGCCGUAGAAACAAUAUCAUUUUCAGACAUCUCAAAGUCCUCGACUGAGGUGGUGGAAGAUCAGUCAGAAAAAUUGGACAUUCCAUCUGCAGCAGACUCAAUGGACGUGGAUGAAGGACAGAGUGAGGUCAUUCAUCAAGAGAGCAAAGAAGUGGAAGUCCCGGAGAAAGACAUAGACACAGGCAAAAAGGAGAGUGUUGCCGAAAAAAUGGAAGAAGAGAUGGGUACAUCUGUAGUAGAUGGUGUAGUUGGCUCUAAAGUAAGUGUCUUAGUAGAAAAAGAAAAUAUGGAGACAGAUGAAACUGAAGAGAAGGUAAAUGCUGAAGUUGAGUCUCAGCUAGAACAGGAAGCUGUAGAAAGAGCAGAAAUUGGUAGAUUAGAUGUUACACCUCCUGAGGAUUCCAAGGAGGAAAAAACUGUUGAUUUAGAAGAUGGUGCGCCAGCCACUGAUGGUACUGUAAUUAAGUCAGACAUUGUGGAAACUAGAGAUACUCAGGUUAGCAAGAAGAUUGAAGAAAUGAUUCAAGAAGUAGAAAGCAGUCCUUUAGAGGAAAGUUCUAAACUUCCUACUAGACCAGAAACACCAACUAGAAAAGCUGAGGAAGUGCCAGAAACUUCAAGGGUAGCUUCAGUGCGAAGAAGUAGAAGAGUCAGCACAUCAUCACCAGCCACUCCUGCAACCCCAAGAAGAAGUCGAAGGACAAGUGGCAAUACAGCAGAUGAACCAGUGACUCCUGCCCACAAAAGUUUAAGUGAAGUUGCCUUUGAAAGGGUGACAAGGUCAGGAAGAAAGAUUGGACAGGUGCCAACGCCGGUUACAAAGAAGCGGGCCACAUCUCCCACAUCUAACCUUGUCUUGUCAGGGAGGAUGCAGAGAAGAGCCUCAGCAGCAGCAGAGGAAGUGCAGAAAGUGACUCAGAGGCUGGAGUUGUCUACUGAUGAAACUGAGGAGGCACCUGCAGCAGUUCAGGAACCAGAGUCUGUGUCUAUAGCCACUCAUGAUGUCCUGCCAACUCCACCCUCAUCACCUACAACUCCAUCCACAAGGAGACGAAGGAGGCAGAGCUCUGGAGAGGCUGAAGCUUCUGCCACCAAAUCCCCGAGUAGGCGUUCUACCAGACAAAGUGCCUUGGAUGAGUCUUUAGGGACAAUUCAAGAAGAAGCAGAGGUAUCAGAGAGUCUAGAGAUUAUAGCUCCAAAAAGUAAAACCACCCCUAGGAAAUUAGAAGGUACUCCCACCAAAGCAACUCCAACUAAAUCCACACCAACAAGGACACGCAGAAAAUCAGCCAAACAAGCUGCUGGCAUUGAGAGCUUAGAAACAAUUAAAGAGGAUGCAGAACUUUCAACUGGUUUUGUGCCUCUUGUUUUAGAUGAACAGAUAACAGGAACUCCAUCCCGAAGAACUCGUCGCUCACUUGCAGGAGAGACCAGUCGCACGCCUGGCACUCUUACACUUGGAGAGGUUUCAGAGACCACACCUGAAACCAAGACCCCAUCACGUACCAGAAGAAGGUCCAUAUCAAAGGCGUCAGAAGCCACUCCUGAAGUCAAGACUCCUAUGCGUACAAGGCGGCAAUCUGGUGCAUCUGAUGUUUCUGACAUUGCAGUGGAAGCUAAGACACCAACACGAAGGACACGGAAAUCUGUCACAAAGGAAGUGUUAGAAGUCACACCAGAGAAGAAAACUCCUGCAAGGACAAGAAGACAGUCAGUGUCCUCUGAUGUGUCAGAAGCAGCUCAGGAGGUCAAGACACCAACACGCAGGACACGCCAGUCUGUUUCAAAAGAAUUAAUGGAGACUGUCCAAGAAGCCAAAACUCCAGUCCGCACAAGAAGACAGUCUGCUUCAUCUGAAGUGUCAGAGGCUGCUUCAGAAACCCACGUGAAGACACGUGGAAGACGACAGUCGAUAUCAGAGAGCACGACAGAGGUUGUCCCUAAAGCAAAGACUCCCUCACAGAAGAGUCAACAAUCUCAGUCAACCAAAAGCACAAGAAGAAGAACAAUACAGGUUUUGCAAUCUGAAGAAGACUCGGCUUUUGAAGCUGCACACAGAUUGAUCUCUGUCCCAUCUCCAGGAUCAGAAAUAUCACAGAGAUCUCCAGAUAGAAUGUCAACCAGAUCUAGCGUCAAUAGCCCACUAACAAGCAUAAAAGACUCUGAGAGCAGCGAAGAAGAAGAGGUAGGCAGAAAUAGAUCAUCUAAGCAAGCAAGUAAGAGAACAGGGAGAAAGUCUUUGGCAGUUGAGAAGAUAGUGGAUGAAUCGACAGUCAGCAAGCGCAAGAGUCGUCGUCUCACCAGCAGCACACUCCCAACGGCUAUAGUGAGUGAGUUGCCUGAGAAGAUCAAGACUGGCAAGGCAUCUCGAAAGUCAGUUGUGUCGUCAAAGCUUUAUGCUGAUACAGAGACAGGGUUGUCCACGCCCCCAGAAUUUGGUGCUACUCGUCGUGCGCGGACUUCAAAGAAAGGAAGUAUUGCCUCCACUUCAAUAUUGCUCUUGGAGGAUUCAAAAGAAUUACUGGACGAAGAAGAGGAAAUGGUCCUGGAAGGUGGAGGGGAUGUGUUUGAAAGUGUAGAUGAUGAAAUUGCAGAGGCUGAAACAGAAGCCCAAGACAGUCCAGACAUCUCCCUCCUGAUGGAAGCAAGCAACAAGGGCAGAAGGAAGCGUUCCAGGGCCCUUUCUUUACUGUCAGCACCAAAGGAGGGGAAGAAGUUCUCUGCGCUGCCCAAGCGUUCCUUGAAGUCAAUGAGAUUGGCAACCGAUUCUUCCCAGGAUGAGGAAACAAUGGAAACGAUAGUGAAAAAGACGAGGAAAGCUUCCCGAAGGACCAUGGCAGCAGAUGCAACAAUUCUUGAGAUGGACCCAGAGAGGAGGGACAUUGUUGGAGAUAAGGAGGAGGAGGAACAAAAGGUGGAGAAAGUAGAAAAGAAAAGAAGGUCAGUAAAACAGUCUAAAUCGCAGGUAGAAAAGAAGGGAAUGCCAGUAGAUGUGGAUGUAGCAUUAGAGAAGAAACUCGAGGCUGUGCAGGAGAUGGCGGAAGCAACCGAAAGGGAAGCAAAGGCUGAACUUCGGAAAGCAAAAGCCCAAGGAGAAGCCAUGAACAAAGAUACCAAAGAGGAGCAAGUGGCGCAGUUUCACUUUGCAACGCCAAAGCCUGUGAUCAGCUCAAGGAAAGCCAGAGCACUUGAACACCUGAUGGGAGAAGCAGUCGAGUUCUUGUUUUCUCCUCCUUUAGCCGAAGGAAGGAUUGUGAAAACCCAUGCCAAGAUCGAGGAAGCCAGAAGCAGUUCGAGUGAGUCUGAGACAGAAGCAGCUGCUCCAGAGAAGUCGUUCAACCAAUUAUAGUGAACGAGUGCGGAGACUAGUGGAUAGAUUAUCAUGAUUAACAGUGUUAUAUCUCCCCUGGGGAAAAGUGAAUGAUCUUUUGUGGUAUAUGUUGAUCUUUAAGAAAUGAUCAAAACUCACUAACCUCAAAGCUUUAAUGGCUCUUGGGAACUGUGAACAUGAUUAAAGAGAAAAGAGAAAUUGUACACAUAUAUUAAAGGGAACAAUCAGGGUGGUACUGUUUUUACUCUUGAUGUGAAGUUGAGCUGUUCUCCUAAACUAUGGUAAAUGUGUACGUUUAUGCAUGGGAUGUGUAUCUGUGAAGUGUGGUGAUAAUAAUGAUGACUCCUUUUUUUCUUUUUUUUACUUAAAAUGCUAAGAUACUUUCUGUGAUUGACACUGAAAAACAUGUGAAUUUCUUUGUUUCUCUUUAUAUAUUUUUCGUAGCCUUUUUUUUUUUUAUCACAUUUUCAUUGUUUUCCUGUAUAUGAAUUGUUUUCGCUUUUAGUUAUUCUGGAUCAUGUUAUUUUUUACUCGGGUUUAGUGUAAUUCAUAUAAGAAAAUUAAGUCCUUGCCUUCGUUGUUAUAUGUUCAAUGGAUUUAAGUAAGCAACUCUCCUCCAAUUUAGCGACAUCUUCCUGUAAUUUUAACCCAUUUCGAGAUUAAUGUUGAACCAGGCUGUGAUACAAGUUGUUAGGAUAUAAUGUAUAACACUUUCUGCAUAGAGCGAUAAGAGUUAACAAGAUGGAAAACAAAAAAAAAAGGAAGCCCCAAGUUGCACAAACAUUCAGCAGACGUUUAACGAUUUGAUCAGGUAAGGUUGGCGCUAUGAAACAGGCCUAGUCUUAACUAUAGCACGUGUAACAGGCAGCCAUGCUUGGCAACCACAAAUACUACAAUGUCCUCAGUAGUUUGUAAGGUUCGGAUGUAUCUUGAUUUAGUUGACAUGAUUUUUUUCCCCCUGUUCCUUUGGUCUUUUUUCCUCCUCUUUUUUUUUUUUUUUUUUUUUUUUUUUUGAAAGAGUUGCGUCGUAAGUGAAUGUAUGUUGCUGUAUUUUUUCUUUUCUUUUCUUUUUUUUCUUUAUAUUUGUGUGUGUAUGUCAGUGUUAUAUAUAAAACCUUUAUAGCGCAAUGCCAGUCUUACAGUGUUGCGAAGACUAUAUAUUCAUGAAAUAAUAUUCACUGCUGCAGCUCACAUGUAUUUGUUCUGUUGAUCAAAUUGCUCAAGAUUUGGCAUGUUAGCAUUUUAGUUUGUGAUUUUCUUUUUUUCUUCUUCUUCUUUUUUUAUGAAUGAUAACUAUAGAAUCUAUUUUAAUGAUAAUAGACCUUACCAAAUCAAGUCAUCUGCCAGAAUGUAUUAAGAAAAAUAGCAUACAGAAAUGGAGACGAUUCUAGGCUUUUUAUCUUCCUACUUUCGCAAGAUAUUUUGGUGCCAUUUUUUAUAUUUUUUGAAGCUUACUUUUUGUUCUUUGGAUCAGUUUAAUCUGAGUGGAGAAAGGGAUUUUUUAAUUUAAAUGGCUUUUUAUAAAUAAAAUACUGUAAAGAAAA